GCAAGGGCUGAAGUUGGGGGUGGGGAGGGCGCCGCCGGAGCAGAGGCAAAGGCCAAGGCCGCCGGCGGAGGGGGCGGAGCUGCAGCGUUGCCCCAGUGGUGCGGAGGCUGACUGCCUCCCGGCGGGGCGGGCGGGACGCACCUGGCCGCGGCAGGUGAGGGAAGCGGCGUCACAAGGCCGGGCCGGGCGGCGCCUGGAGCCAGCCGCAGCCGGGCAGGGUCCCCGUCUCUCCGCUGCUGGCUUCCUUCCCCCCCGUGCGCUAGCCAGAGGCGAUGCAAGCCCUGCUCCCGCCAGGCGCUGAGCGCGCUGCUGCUGCCGCCGCCUCCUCCUCCCCCGGCAGGAUGAGCGGCGGGGAGAGCGCUGACUUCAGGCGGGUGGCGAUCCGGCGGAAAUCUAGCCCGGCCCUGGUCUUUGCUGUCCCCAAAGGAGGCGUCAGCUCCCGCCCGUCGCAGCGACAGGAAGCUCGCAAGGAAGCAGCAGGCAGCAGCACGUGUCCAAAGAGCCUCGUAACUAAGUCUUGCUCAGCAAAUAGCACAACCAGACUAGUCCAGCAGAAGAACGUAUGCAAUGAAGCAGCUCAGGGAAUAAAUGGAAACGUGCCAGUUAAGCAGUCCCCACGUUCAGCUUCAAGUCCAAAGCCACAAGUGCCUCCAAAGCCAGUACAUCUGCAGAAUUCCUUUUUAUCCACUGCACACCAAACCCCUACGUGUAAAGCUUUACCUACUGCACGAACAAGAAUGGAGGAAGUCACACCUACCUCUGCUUCUUGUGUCUCAAAAGAAAAACCCAGAAAAGUGUCCGAUCUCAUCAGUCGUUUUGAAGGAGGCAGUCCCUCAAGUCCUAGUGAUUUGAAGAAAGAAUCCUCUGUUCUAAAGGCUGCUAAAGCUCAAGGAAGAUUUGUGUCAGCAUCACCUCAGCCAAAACUCCUCUCCCAACACCCACUACAAAAGCAGGGAAAUAAUACAGAUCAAACUCAGGUUGUACAGAAACACACGGUCAAUGGAGUAGUAGCACAAAGCCAGAUGGAAUGCAAUGCCAAUCAACUAUCAGAUCAUAGCACCAAUACAGCCACACAAGCUACAGAUAUUACAGUCAACAGUAACUUAGUAAAUGGGGAAAGAGAAAGCACUACUACAGACUCAUUGCAUACUAUAACUGUCUGCACAGAGCAAACUUUUGACAGCUGCAGGACUCCAAGCAGGGAUACACUGCUCCCUUGUGAAAAUGAAACUGUAGAAAUUAAUACUAAUGUAGAAGAAAAGCCGAAUGAGGAAAAGCAGAAUGAGGAACUCAGUAAGGAGGAUGAGCAUGUAGAAGCAAAGGAGACAGAUGAACAGAAACGUCACAAAAUUGCUGAUGAGCUUUUGCAUACAGAAAGAGCCUACGUCAACCGACUUGACCUCUUAGACAAGGUAUUCUAUGGCAGACUAUUGGAGGAAGCUAAUAGGGGUUCAUUUCCAGCUGAGGUGGUCAAUAAAAUCUUUUCUAAUAUUUCAUCCAUCAACGCCUUCCAUAGUAAAUUCUUGCUGCCAGAGCUUGAGAAAAGAAUGCAAGAAUGGGCUGUGACCCCCAGAAUUGGAGAUAUUCUACAGAAGUUAUCUCCUUUCCUCAAGAUGUAUGGAGAGUAUGUGAAGAACUUUGAUAAUGCAAUGGAACUGGUGAAAACCUGGACUGAGCGGUCACCUCUGUUUAAAUCCAUUAUUCAAGACAUUCAGACACAAAAAGUCUGUGGGAGUUUGACAUUGCAACAUCACAUGCUAGAACCAGUACAACGGAUUCCACGCUAUGAGAUGCUGCUAAAGGAUUACCUAAGGAAACUGCCUCAAGAUUCCCUAGACUUGAAGGAUGCUGAAAAAUCCCUGGAAAUUAUAUCCACAGCAGCCAGCCACUCCAAUAGUGCUAUACGAAAAAUGGAAAAUCUGAAGAAGUUGAUAGAGGUGUAUGAGAUGUUGGGAGAAGAGGAAGAUAUUGUUAACCCCUCAAAUGAGCUGAUAAAAGAAGGACAGAUUCUUAAACUUGCUGCUCGUAAUACAUCAGCCCAAGAACGAUACCUUUUCUUAUUCAACAACAUGUUGCUGUAUUGUGUACCCAAAUUCAGUUUGGUGGGGUCAAAAUACUCAGUUCGAACAAGAGUUGGUAUUGAUGGUAUGAAGAUUGUAGAAACACAUAAUGAAGAGUAUCCAUACACCUUCCAAGUGUCUGGAAAAGAACGAACAUUGGAGUUGCAGGCCAGUUCUGAACAAGAUAAGGAAGAAUGGAUAAAGGCUCUUCAGAAUACCAUAGAAGCUUUUCAGCAGAGGAAUGAAACCUUCAGAAAUGCCAUUGCAAAAGAGUAUGAGGACAUGCCCAUUGAAGUUUCUAGUGCUGAGCUUGGGAAGAGAGCACCAAGAUGGAUCCGAGACAAUGAAGUAACAAUGUGCAUGAAAUGCAAAGAGCCCUUCAAUGCACUGACAAGGAGAAGGCAUCAUUGUCGAGCAUGUGGGCAUGUGGUUUGCUGGAAAUGCUCUGAUUAUAAAGCUCAUCUUGAAUAUGAUGGCAAUAAAAUGAACAAAGUUUGUAAAGACUGCUAUCAGAUUAUAAUGGGUUGCACAGAGAGUGAAGAAAAGAAGAAGAAAGGCAUCUUGGAGAUAGAAUCAGCUGAAGUCUCUGGAAACAGUGUCAUUUGCAGCUUUCUUCAAUAUAUGGAAAAAUCAAAGCCUUGGCAGAAAGCUUGGUGUGUUAUUCCUAAACAUGAAGCUCUUGUGCUGUACAUGUAUGGUGCUCCACAGGAUGUUAAAGCUUUGGCUACAAUUCCACUACUGGGCUAUGCAGUAGAUGACACUCCAAGAAGUGCUGACCUCCCGCAUAGCUUUAAACUGACUCAGUCCAAAUCUGUGCACAGCUUUGCAGCAGACAGUGAGGAACUGAAACAGAAAUGGUUGAAAGUCAUCCAUUUAGCUGUCAAAGGUGAGACACCAGAAUGUCACAAUGAAUUGCCGACAAGUUUAGAGGAGCAGCCUGAAUCAUCUAAAAAAUCUGAAUGCUGAAGCUCAAGACCAUGAUCUGUUUUAAAAAAAAUCCAGUCAGAUUCUUGGUUAAUUUUUCUUUGUACAAGCAAAAGAAGCAAAUUCUCCUAAUUACUACAUGCAUCUCUUAGCACUUUAUGUUGAAAAGAUACUGAUCUAUUUAGAGAUCACUUUCUUAUAUUUAUGUUCUGUCAAUAAAGUCAAUGUACAGACCCAUUUCACCGAUGAUUUUUUUUUUAAGAAAAAACAUAAAAUGCCAUUAAAAGAACAAAACCCUAUUAACGUUAGUGUACUUAUUGUUUGUCUCAAAAUAAAUUGCAUUGUAUGAUUCACUUGCUAUUGGGCAAAACUUUAAUAAAGAAUGUGGAUAGUUAAUGCAUCCUUUACAUGUUAGGUCUUUAGCAGUAAAAAAGAUAUACCUCUGCAUCACCAAAAUAGAUCUGUAGAGAAAUAUACAGGGACAAUUUGAUUUAUUGUAUCUAAGUUUAUAGAACUACUUACACAAUGCUGUACAUAUGUUAUAUUCACUUUUUUAAUGCAAAUUGAUUUUACAGUUUUGGCUUUUAAAGUCUGUUUCAGGAAAACAAUUUCAUUUUCAGUUUGGAAAUUAAUUGCUAAAUAUGAAAAAUAAGUACAAUAUAUGUACAGUAUUAGAAAAAAUUGUACUUGAUUUUGCUUUGACUUCGUGACAAAAGGUUCUUAUUAGUCUAUAAUUUAUUUAAAAUAAAGCAUGUUUUCUCUUGCAAAUUAAACAAAGGGUUCUAAAUUGAUGUCACUAUUUAGUGAUUUGUUUAACUAGCUUUCCCCUACUGAUCUUGCUAAUUUUGUGCAUUAAGAAUUUUUUAAAAUAGUAAUUUAAGUGGCAUGUAAUGGAUUUGUCAGUUCCAGCUGUGUUUUUUAAAAAAGAAUAGUUUUUUUUUUUAAAUAAUUUUGUUCUGUGCCUGUUACCUUUCUGAAGGUACUGUGCUACCUUUUUAAAAUACAAUAUGUGCUUUAGCAAUUAGCAUCUUGGUCUUAAAUGAACUUCUGGGAUCUCAUAAUUUUUGCCUAUAUGGUCAUUGAAACACUUGGACAUGUUUAAUAUGUUUUAACUUUCACAAAUACACAUUGCAUCAACUGGUAAGAACUAAAAACCGUCUGCUAGGAUUAUUACGCAUCAUACUGUAUGUCAAACUUCCUUGCAUGCACGCUGAUGAAAAAUCUUGACUUGCAUGAGUAGUCUUGAUUCUUGUUGAGUUCAGUAGGACUGCUCUUGGAAGUAAAGACUUGCCUGUGAGAGGCUUUGACUAUUGGGCCCAUGAUGAAUCUUCAUUUCUAAUAGUCUUUUAUAUAGAUGCAAAUGACUCUGCUAUAAGAGAAUUCCACUCUAUUAUUCUGGAUGGACUAUAUGACAUGAUAGUGCAUAUACAAUAAGUGGCUCUUGAAUGGAGCAAGUUAAUCAAUUCAUGACUUAGAAAAUAAGACUUCUUUUGAAUUUUCUUUAAUAUAGCAAUUGAGAUGAUCCCAAGUCACAAAAUGUAGAUAGUCUUCUUUAAAACUCUGUGAGAUAAAGCCAGAGUUUUGAGUGCGUCCAUUUUUUACAGUUAGAUAAAAAUGAGUAAUUUGAGUUCAGAUUUAUUUUAUCCCAAAAUUUCAUGGUCAUUUUAAGACAGACAUUACUUUUUUUAGCAUUGAGGGUGAAAGAUUAUACUUCAGUCACUUGUACUUCUACAGUAAUUUACCUAAUGUCAUUUAGUUCUGUUUGUAUUGCCUAAUACCCAGGGUGAACAGGGUAAACAAAAGACAGUCACAACAAAUAGUGUACUAACAUACCUCCUAUGCAAGUUCUUUGAAGUCAGUGGCCCAGAUUCUCCUCUCAGUUGUACUACUGGCAGUCUGGUGUAAUGCUCUGACUUUAGUGGAAUUAGUGCAGAUUUCUAUCCAUGUGAAUCAGAAUCUGGCCUCAUAAAAUUGUCCAGGAUUAUGGCAUUGUAAUUUGCCCCUUGGUCUUGGUCCAGGCUGUUCUGCAUGUAAUCCUGUUCACUACAUUUUUAAAUGGAGUCUCUAAUGUACCAUCAUUGGGGAGCCUCUGAAAAACCACAGGUAGACGGGGCCAUUUGUCGGGGAAAAAAAACACCUUUUUCUCAAGAUCCUGUAAACCUUGAUAUUUGAGGAAUAAGGGAUCUUGCGAAAAACAGUUUUUUCUUGACAAAUGGCCCCAUCUGCACAGGGCUUUUUAGCGGCAAAAUCUCUGCCGCGAAAAGAAUCGGAAGAAGAUAUGCAAAUAGGGCACCACUUGCAUAUCCUCUUCUGCAAAAAAAAAAAAAAAAACAGCGUAGACAUAGCCAAAGUGCUGGGUGACUUGGCUUUCUCUGCAGUAGCGUUGCUGCUUUUUUUUCUACAUGUUCCGAGGGGACACAGAACCAUCCAGGAUCGGGGCAUGGAAACACCUAGGCUGAGCUCUGACCAGAAAGAACUACCUGGAGUCCGUAUUUUAUCGUUCCAUGUCAAUUCUCCUCCAUGGAGAUCCACCUUCAAAAGGAGUUCCCAAGGGAACUGUUGGUUCUGGGGACCUGGUUCUCAGUGCAUCUUGAGGGGGAUAUCAUUGCCCAUUCUCAGGAAAUGAUGUAGAUUCUUUAUGGUUGGAGGUUUCAGGGCCUGUUGCGUGACUGGACAGCUCCCUUACCCACACAGUAGAAAAGGAAUCCUAUAAGGAAAACCUCUUUUAUUCUCUUUUGCUCCCCUCCCACUGGAAGGGAUUAUCUGGAUGGAUGAUGAUAAUAUAUAGCACUAAUAAAGUGCUCCAUUUUUUCAAAACAUAUCCCAAACAUCAACUUGGUCUUCUUUAUGAGGCAUAUAAGUAGCCAGAUAUUUUUCCCUUUUUCCCAGACAGGGAAAAUUGAGAAGCAGAGAUUUGUGUCUGAUACUCUCAAGAGAGCCUGAGUAUCUACAAUUUCUUUAGUUGGAGCUGUGGCAAGUAGUCAGCACCUCUGAAAGUCUAUGCCCUAAAUUACUACUUCCAAAAUCAGACUAUGGAUUAGGGAAUAGGCCAAAAUCAGAAAUCUGGUGUUCAAGUAGCUGGUCUCUUUUUCUCAUUCCUGUUCCAUGGGAGCUCAUUCUGAGCCAUUAAAGUUUGUGUGAAUCAGUAAUUAAGUUUUUGACUCAAGUAAUUUAUUUCACUUUAUUACCAUAAGUUUGCUCAAAACCUAUUCCUUUCUCAAUGAACAUGUAAUGGGAGACUCUAAAAAGCAAGAAUUAUUUGAUUGUGUGUGUUCUAUGAGUAUAAACACUUGCCCACCGUUCUAAAAACAAAAUACAGUAAAGGACAGAGGUUGCUUUUCUGGAGCAAGUGGUGACUCAAAGUAUUUUACUCAAUACCUCAAAGGCUAAUCCACAUAAUCACAUGCAAAAGCUCCUGUUUAAUUUGUCUGCAAAGAGACAAAAUAAAAGUAGUAACUCUUAUGCUUUAAUUCCCAUGGUGUUAGGACAUCUGAUGUACAAAGAAAAAAUGUUUCCAACCUGACAACUUAUAUUGUGGUCCAAAUGUCAUCCCAAAGUGAGGUUUUUUUAAAACCAAAUUCCCUAAAGAAAACCUUUAUUAAUGUUAACUUUAGUUGCAUGAAGAGAUGCUACCAUAUGUGUAAGUAACAAAUGGGCAUUCUUUUAUAAUUAAUGUGAAUGGCUACAUUAUUUUAGCUUUGCCACCCCUAUUUUUGAAAUUUGUCAUUUUAAAAUGUUUUAUGUGAUAGAGAAUAUAUUUGUGCAAUUUAGAGCUUAUCAAAUAUUUGACUACUUACUGCGUUAGUCAGAUUUAACUUCCCCCCCUUAUAUUCUACCAAAAUGAUGGCUAGUCAAAAAGCUUUAGUUGCAUAUAUUCGUCAAAUAAUGAUAAAAUGUACAAAAUAACUUUCAACAGAUUUUUCUUAUCUGCAAGCACAUAAUUUCAUUUGGUAACCCUAUGCAUUAUUUUUAAUAUGUCUUCAACAUUUCUACACUACUGUUCCUGUAUGUUCCAUUAUGGCUUCAAUAAUUACACUUGAAUGAGUAAGGGCAGUUAAAGCCUGUAGCACAGGGGUGGGGAACCAGAGGUCUGGGGGCCAGAUGUGGCCCCCAGCUUGUCUUGAUCUAGUCCCUGAGGUUCAGGGUUCCCCCUCCCCCCAUCAUUGGGGAGCCCAUGCUGGUUGAGGGUGGGAGGGCAGUGGUUUCUCACUUUCCCAAAAAAGGUUCCCCAUCCCUGCUGUAACAUCUUGCAGCUUCAACUCUAUUGACUUUGAUAGGACUAUUUUUUGUGUUUAAAUACCCCAAUUCAAAAGGAUUUUUUCCCCAAAAAAACAAGCACUGAAAACAUUCUCUUCCUUUAGGAGUGGAAUGUUAAAAUAUUUAAAAUGCAAUGUGCAUGCACACACAAUUACAGCUUUUUACAAAGAGGCUCUCAAAACUCUUUACUACUGUUUAAUAAACCUCAUAAUACCCUUGUGGGGUUAGAAGUGUAUUGAUUCUUCCAUUUAAUAUAGGGAGUAAAUUGAGGCAGAGAUUGAAUACAAAACAAAUACCCCAAAUAUGUAUAGGCUUUAGAAGAGGUUACUGACAAAGAUUCAAAUAGGUUCUAAGUAGAGUGGUCAAAACUCUGAAUCUUGAAAAGAUGCAGAAAAAUUCAAGAAGUUUUUUAUGAAAUCUUUCUUCAUUUUUACUAGGUCUGUAGUUGACCAAGCUUCUGUUUCCCCCUUGAAAUUAGAGGAAAUUAAAAAAAAAGUUGUCUUCUCAUUUUUUAAACCAGUUCUAAGAAGAUCUGUUUUCUUAAAGGAAGUUUUAAAAACAUUAAAUAUAUAAACAAUUGAGACCCAUCCAUGAAAAGUAUAUAGGCGCAGCUGUGUAAACUGGCAUAGCUCCAGUGGAGCCUAAACAGCUGUGAGAUUUUACACUUGCUCUAGAUGUUGCAUAUAUUAUCUGAAGGCAUGCUUAUGGGAACUAGGGUCACUCCAUCUUCAGGCAUGCUACAGCUAUUGUCAUUCACCUGGAAUCACAGGACAAGAUCCAGCUCAAAAUUGAGUUCAAAAUCCUAUCAGUGUUGCAACUCCCAAAACUACUAACAAUGGUAUAAGUGAGAAUAAGGAGAUGGAAGUCCUUGAGAACAAAUCAUUUGCUUUCAAAUAGAUUAUCCAGAUAAAGUAUGGGAGUGGACAAAUAACAAUUGUAUGAGAAGAAUCUACUAAUGCUCGAAAAAAUAGAUGAGGUAUAUAUGGCUCUAACUGUGUUUGUAGGCUUACAAUGAACUAUAAAGAGCUGUUUUAUAGUGCUGUCAUCUACUUCUUGGCCAUAUUGAUAAGAGAGAGCUAAUUUACCCAUGCAGUUCUGAGCCAUUGGACUAUAGUGAAAUAUAUUCUUUGGAUGGAAAUUUACAUUUGCCAAUCAGAUUUCUUCUUAGUCCUGUCUCUCUCCUUUUUAUAAAACAAUGGGAAGGCUUAAUAAAUGUAUCUUUUUAAGACAAUUAUAAUAGACCAAUCUGUUUCAGACUGCAUUUUACAAUCAAAAUUACACUGUGAAUUAAAAAUAUAAGUAAUCUUUUGACACAGUUGUAUAUACUUUAAUGGGAUAAAAAUCAAUGCGUAAGUAGACCUACUUUAAUUGCCUGUUUCCAACUGAUUUAUAAGCUGAAAUUCAGUCUAAAUAUACAGCUAAAUAGUCAGUCAUUUUUUUGUACUGUCUCUUUAUUAAAUUAUGCACAGAUUUAUUCAUGGCCUUGUCAUCACCAUCCCUUCAAAUAAACGUAGAUUGUUUUUUCUUGUCUAAAUAGUGAAGCAAAGGAUGUCCAUGAAUAAAACAUGUUGUUUCUAUCAAUGUGUGAUACUAACCUAGUUCAAUUUAUAGUUUAUUCUUGUGGAUUCAUUAACUAUUUAUGGUGGAAUAUUUAAGAAAGGGGAGGAAACGGUGUCAAAGCAUCUUUUACACAGAGGUGCCAUAAUGCUUAGAGGAAAGAGGGCAAGUUUGUUAUAUAUGAAUAAUCAUUUGCAAUUGAAGAGUAGUAUUUUACAUACAGUAAGAUAUCUCCAAUUAAGCUAAUGGAAAUUUGAACUGUUUAUUUUUUUGGGAGUUGCAUCAGCCCCAGUGUGUCAUGUCAGACAUACAUGCCAUGCAUUAGAAUCUCUCAAUUAUGAAAAUACUGUUUGCAGUUUAAUUUGGAAAAAAAUGAAUUUUAUUUUGCUUUAAAAAAAUCCUAAUAAAUUAGGUAUAAAUUUGCUCUGACUUAACACUGAAUUGCAAAAUUUCAGAAAAGAGGCAAAAUUUGAGUUGUGCAAAUAAGCGGUAAUUUUUCUGGUCAAGAAAUAUAUGAAUGUAAAAUAUUUGCAGAUAUUGUAUAUAUUUUGUGUAACAUAUGUACAUUUGGUCAUAAAGAUGGGAGUUGGCAUAUUGUAAAAUUAAGCACUUUAAUUCUUGUUCAAUACUUAGUUUGUAUGCCAUAAAAUAAAAACAUCAUUAAAUAAGUA